AUGACCUCCAAGGAAAAAGGCGCCCUUACCAGCUAUUUCCACUAUGGCCAUCGCGUAAAAGACCAAGAUUUCUUUUUCGCUCCCAUGUUUCGUCAUCCAACAUUCACAGAUCAGGAAUAUGCUUGUGGCGGCACUUGGAUAGGUGAGACUUUUGCCAUAACAACUGCUCAUUGUCUCACAUAUCACGACAUCAAAAUGGUCGGGCAUCUCGGAGAAGACAACGACUGGCAUGUCAUUCUGGAUAAACCUAAAACUUUCGGAUUUCCUGUACAAAAUAAAUAUGUCUACGCAAAUUAUUCGGAAGAAGGAGACCGUUUCUACGAAAAUGACAUUGGUUUAGUGAAAGUUGAAAUUUACGACAGAUUUCCCCUGAAAUUCUUACCAAAAAUUUUUACUUGGGAGAGCGAUUGGCGUGACAUUCAAUCAAAGCCCGUUUUGAUGCACGGACUAGGCAAGACGGAAAAUGACGAAUACGCGAGUUACUUAAAGUACAUGAAGGGAAAAUUACAUCUUCAGGAUGGUCAUUCGGUGAAAAAUUGCAAUUUGCCAGCUGUUAAAAUGGAAAUGGCUUUUUGCAUGGAACCUGUGGAGCCUUUUGAUGAAAUUGAUGAUGGCGAUAUGGGAAAUGUUGUUUACUAUGACGUGGCAGAUCCGGACAAUUUUGGACAUGAAAAUCGCGUUAUUGUUGGAAUUGUGAGUAAUAGUUAUGGAGAUCCGAGAAAUAUAGUUUUGACGAAUGUCUCCAAAUAUGUCCGCUGGAUCAAUCAGAAGAUAUUGGAGGAUAUUGCAGGAUGA